AUGUUUAGCAGAAUCGCUUAAUCUUAUAAAACGCCUUCUUCAUAUGCUUAAUUUCGUAGCGGAAAGUUCAAAAAGAAAAUGCUUUAUGGUUUUCUUAUAUAUUGUGGAUUAGAGUUCUACUCAAGAGCAGAUAUAAACACCGAUCUUAAAUUUAAAGGUAUAAUGAAUGAAGAUAAUAUAGCAGCUAUUAAAAAUUGCAAAUCACUAAGACAAGGGAAAUACUUUCCUACUUCCUAUUUGCCUAAUAAUUUCUUAAUGGCAGUUUAUGGUGCCAAAUUUGAUCCAGCUCCUUAUGUUCCAUAUGAGAGAGAAUAUAUUAAAACAAAAGAUGGAGGAUAACUAGGAUUAGAUUGGGUUCCUGUAUAAAGCAAAUUUUCUAAUGAUGAGGAAAGAAGAAUAUUGAUAAUUUUCCAUGGUUUAACUGGUGGUAGUGAUUGCAAUUAUAUCAAAUAAGGAGCAUUAAUAGCUUAAAAUUAUGGUUUUAGAACUGUGUGCGUAAAUAUGAGAGGCUACAACUCAAAGUUAUCAAGUCCUUAAAUGACUGAUUUUACUAAAAAUGAUGAUAUUUUAGAAAUAAUCCAAAGUAUUUAAGCUAAAUAUCCAAAGGCUAAUUUGUAUGGAUUAGGUAUUUCUAUGGGAGCUAAUUAUAUGCUUAAAAUGGCAGGAGAAUUAAAAGAAAAAUGCCUUUUAAAAUCUAUGGUAAGUGUUUCUAAUCCUUGGGAUUUAGUUAAAUGCAAUGAAGAGAUGAAUAAAUGGUAUAAGAAAAUAUACAAUUACAAUAUUGCAGCCAAUUUCAAGAGGAAUCUAAAAUAGAAUUUAGAGUUAUUUGAAAAUAAGGAGAAAGAGCUUGGAGUUGAUUUAAAAAAAGCCCUUGAGACUAAUGAUACAUUUGAAUUUCAUGAUGCUUUUACAACAAAACUUUGUGGAUACAACGAUGUUUUGAAGAUGUAUGAAUAAAGUAGCUGUAAAGAUGUAGUUUAAAAUAUUACAGUGCCAACAUUAUGUAUCCAAAGUAACAACGACCCAAUAUGUGUAUAAGAUUGUGUACCAACAGAUAAGUUUUCUAAAAAUCCAAAUUUGCUGCUAGUUUAAACAUAGAAAGGUAGUCACAUCGACUAUUUCACAACAUACAAAUGCCAUAGAUGGUUCUAUCAACCUGCAUUAGAAUUUUUAAAUUACUAAGAUUCAAGAUUAAAAGAAGAAAAAGAAACAUCUUCAAAAUAGUGA